AAAGAUCAAGUUCAAUUGCAAAAAAGAAUGAUAGAAAAGAAUGGAAUUAAAAAAAAAAAACACAAAAAUUCGUUGUGCAAAUCCAAAGCGCAAUUGAGAGUAAUUGCAAAGUGGAUUUGCUAGGCCGUUUAGUCUUCAUCAAAAUCUUAUUAUGAAGGAAAAAGAAUAAUUAAAUGAUUUAAAUGUUUGUUCAUUAGAUCACAGUUCAGAAGUACUAAUUAAAGUUCAUGUACUCAGUUAUAAUUAAUCUUUUCUAAUUAAUAAUAUAGUAAAUAUUAAUAGAAGAGAAAUCUUGAGUGAGCAAUAACGGAAAAAGCAGGAAGCAACUGUCACUGCGAGCGGUUUCUGCUGCUACGGAAAUAUGAAGCAAUAGGAGUUAGGGUUUGUGAUUUUUAAAGAAUAUAUGAUUUGGCUUAUAGUUACUGUUACUGUUAUUGUGGCGAAUCAAUCAUCAUGUCUUGGUGCACUAUUGAGUCUGAUCCAGGUGUGUUCACGGAACUUAUACAACAAAUGCAUGUAAAAGGUGUACAGGUUGAAGAGUUGUAUUCAUUGGACCUUGAUUCUCUUGACAGCCUGAGACCUGUAUAUGGGUUGGUUUUUCUUUUCAAAUGGCGCCCAGAAGAGAAAGAUGAACGUGUUGUAAUUACGGAUCCAAAUCCUAAUCUCUUUUUUGCCCGUCAGGUUAUUAACAAUGCUUGUGCAAGUCAAGCAAUUUUGUCUAUCCUCAUGAACUGCCCAGAUAUGGACAUUGGUCCAGAAUUGUCGAAAUUAAAAGAAUUCACCAAGAAUUUUCCUCCUGAGCUCAAAGGGUUGGCUAUUAAUAACUGCGAAGCUAUACGUGCAGCCCAUAACAGUUUUGCACGACUUGGGCCUUUCGUUCCUGAAGAGCAGAAGGCAGCCAGCAAAGAAGAUGACGUGUACCAUUUUAUAAGUUACUUGCCUGUUGAUGGAGUGCUAUAUGAACUUGAUGGAUUGAAAGAGGGACCCAUCAGCCUUGGUCAGUGCACUGGUGGGCAUGGUGAUAUGGACUGGCUGCUUAUGGUGCAGCCAGUGAUCCAGGAACGCAUAGAAAGGCAUUCCAAUAGUGAGAUAAGAUUUAAUCUCUUGGCAAUAGUCAAAAACAGGAAAGAAAUGUAUACUGCUGAACUCAAGGAGCUCCAAAAGAGGAGGGAGCGUAUCGUGCAGCAGCUAGCUGCUUUCCAGGCAGAAAGACUGGUCGACAAUGGCAACUAUGAAUCCCUGAACAAAUCCCUGUCUGAAGUGAAUGCUGCGAUUGAAAGUGCUACAGAAAAGAUUUUGAUGGAGGAAGAAAAAUUCAAGAAAUGGAGAACAGAAAAUAUCCGUAGGAAGCACAAUUAUAUUCCGUUUUUGUUCAACUUCCUCAAGAUUCUUGCUGAAAAGAAGCAACUGAAGCCCCUUAUAGAGAAGGCCAAGCAAAAAACCAGCGCCUCCAAGUAAAAGGUUUUUAUUUAUGUUCUUCGUAGGUGUGACACUGAUUUUAAGUUCAUGUUGCUAGUAUAUAUGCAAACGUUUUCCGCAUUGUUAUUUGAUCUCUCCUCCGCCUAUGUGAAGCUGCUUUGCCAUGUCGUAGACUACUUUCAUGGAACUUUCUUUUUUUUCUA